GUGCUUUCGUUGCCUUUACUAUAAAUAAGCCGCUGGUGAAGAAAUCCCUCUGCGAACGUGACGUCACGUAACUGACACAGAUGAUUUCAGGAGCGCACUUUUCAGAUCCACUUCCCUAUUUGCGCCAAACAAAAAAGGUUGACCCGGUAGAGAGCGCGCAUUCAUUCGCUCUUCUGCUUUGCACCAGCACUCGCGCCCGCCCGGACUAGGCAUGGGGAACUUGGCAGCCAACGAGGGACUCUCCAUCUUUGUCAUUCUGGUUUGGCUUGCCAUUAACGCCUUCCUCUUCGUCCAUUUCUACAUGGCCUUUCUGGUCGACAAAUGGUUCUACACGCGUGUGCUACUCGGGCACGCUUUGUCGUGGGCUCGAGCUCCGGCCGCCUGCCUCAACUUCAACUGCAUGCUCAUCCUGCUACCCGUCUGCAGGAACCUUCUCUCCUUCAUGCGCGGCUCCAUCCAGUUCUGCAGCCGCACGGCCGCACGGCAGCUGGACCGGAACAUCACUUUCCACAAGCUGGUGGCGUACAUGAUCGCUUUCCACACAGCCGUGCACAUCGUGGCGCACUUGUUCAACUUUGAGUAUUUCAUGGACGCUCAGCUGAACCGCAACGGCAGCCUUCUGCCUUUCGUUCUGUCGGAAAUCGGCAACGGAGACAACGCGUCUUUCCUCAACCCCAUCAGGUCCAACGAAACGAAUCCAACCAUCGUCAUGUUCACCACCAUCGCCGGCGUGACGGGCGUGGUCAUCACGCUGGCCCUCAUCCUCAUCAUCACGUCUUCCAUGGAGGUCAUCCGCCGGUCCUACUUUGAGGUGUUCUGGUACACCCAUCACCUUUUCGUCCUCUUCUUCAUCGGACUGGUAUUCCACGGCUUUGGGAGGAUCGUGCGAGGUCAGACAGCUAGCAGCCUUACGACCAACAACCCGCUAGCAUGUGCAGACCACUUUGAGGACUGGGGGAUAAAUGAAACAGACUGCGCCAUUCCAGAAUUUGCCGGAAACCCGCCAAUGACCUGGAAAUGGAUCGUGGGACCCAUGAUCUUAUACGCGUGCGAGAGGCUCGUUCGACUCUAUCGAUCCCACCAGAAAGUAGUCAUCACUAAGGUGGUGAUGCAUCCCUCCAAAACUUUGGAGCUUCAGAUGAAGAGGAAAGGUUUCCACAUGGAGGUGGGCCAGUACGUCUUCAUCCAGUGCCCGUCUGUCUCCAGACUGGAAUGGCAUCCCUUCACCCUGACCUCAGCCCCCGAGGAGGACUACUUCAGCGCCCACAUCCGAAUUGUCGGAGACUGGACUCAGGCCUUGUACGAAGCCUGCGGAGGAGACAAAACCGAGCCUCAGGAGGCUUGGAAACUGCCAAAGGUGGCCAUCGACGGGCCUUUCGGUACCGCCAGCGAGGACGUGUUUCGGUACGAGGUGGUGGUGCUGGUGGGGGCGGGAAUCGGGGUCACGCCUUUUGCGUCCAUCCUCAAGUCGGUGUGGUACAAACGGAUCCAGAACAAGGAUGUCUUCACCAAAAAGAUCUACUUCUACUGGCUUUGCCCCGAGACGCAGGCCUUUGAGUGGUUCGCCGACUUGCUGCAGUCGCUGGAGAGCCAGAUGGCGGCAAAGAGCGUGACCGACUUCCUGAGCUAUAACAUCUACCUCACCCGCUGGAAGGAAGCAGAGGCGGCCCACUUCUGGGUACACCACGAGGCGGAGAAUGACCCCAUCACAGGGCUUAAGCAGAAAACUCUUUACGGAAAGCCCAACUGGGACACAGAGUUCACCGGCAUUGCCUCCAAGCAUCCUGGAACCAAAGUCGGAGUGUUCCUGUGCGGGCCACCACAGUUGGGCAAGUCGCUGGAGAAACAGUGUUUGUCACACUCGGAAGCUGACGUCAAGUUUAUCUUUAACAAAGAAAACUUUUAAUGGAGUCAAUGCCUUGAGAAUUUGUCUGAGGUUAGUCUAAAAAUUAUUGGCCGGAAUUAUCUUGAGUAAUUCAGAAGCUACUCAGAUAAUCUGCAUAAUCAAAUCUGUAGUGUUUCAAUAUUAUUAUACUCGCGCUCUUCAAAAACAAAAGCCCAGAAGCUUUCUUGAUGGAGAUUUUGAGGAAGCUCUGACAUCUACCUCCCACCAGAUGUUUUGCAAAGAUGCCACUGUUGCACAAAAAGCAAAGAAAGAGACCUGCCGGUACUUUCCACGUUGACAUUGUUCUGCUUUAGCAAUGCUUCAAUCGUUGGUUUCACAACCACUUCUGUUUUUCCUCAUUCAAUUGUUAUUUUGAUUUUACCGAUUUGACACGAUCUUCACGUACAAACAAGAAAACUUUCACUUCUUCCUUCAGAGUCAAAUGCAGAAGUUCACCAGGUUGAUGUAAUAAAUAAAUAUACGGAGUAAUAAAAAUGAAUUGCCUUCAGCAACAGCUUGGAGGGAUCAAUUUAUAAAAAAAAAAUUUAAAAAAAUGUUGAUUAUUAUUAUUAUUAUAAUUUAAGACAGAAUGAGACCAUGGGCAACAUUUUCAGAUUAAAAAAAAAAAUUGGGGGGUAUGGCUAUAAACUUGGCAAAUUUACUCACCAUUAAGUCGAUAUAAGUUGAUUUUUUUUUUCUCAGUAAUGCAAAAUAUUAUGCUAAAUAAAACGCUAAAGUUGCCAAGAAUCUAAAUUUGAGUCACUUAUGAUCAAGCAGGUAAGAUUUCAGUUAAAGAAACAUUUCGAGUUUUAUCUUUUCUGUGGAAGAGUUUACAGUUUUUCAUCCUGUCUGUUUAGAUCACUAUCAUCAAUCCCCAACAAGGUUUUAAACCUAACUAC